AUGAGUGAUUAUGAAUCAGACAUGAGAAAAGCAAUGGCUGAAUCCUUAAGCCACCACCUUCAAGAACAAGAAAAGGAGCGUGACGACUUGAAAGAAGCCAUUGCUGCCUCACUUGGGAAAACAGUAGAGCAGUUGACAGCUCGAGAUCUAUUAUUAGCGACAGAUCCUGUUCGAAAAAGACAACGAUCUGAAGAUCAGUCGUCUAUUGUUACAACCAAACGUGUAGAUACAUCCAAUUCAAAGUAUUGGGAAGGCACUGUAAAGCUAACUUAUGUCAGAGGAUUUACUGGGCCAAACUAUAUAAAGCUGAGUGAUAUUGUUCAAAAAGAUGAUUUGAAGAAAGCAGUCAUCACAUCGUUUGUUUACAGCAUGGACUAUAUAGACGAACACUUUCCUUUGGAUGCAAACGUUGUCAUUGUGGGGCACGGUAGACCAGCCAUGUCUGUUCAACUAGGCCCGACUAGAGUGCUUAUUCAACCACCAUUAAAAGAUGAGAGAUAUGGUUGUUUCCAUAACAAGUUGAUGCUAUUGUUUAGAUCAUCAUCUUUACGUGUUGUAAUUGGAUCUGCCAAUUUGGUCCCAUGCGAUUAUGAGGAUUUGGACAACGUUGUCUUUAUCCAGGACUUUCCACAAUUUAUUGAACCUUUAAAAUCUGCAUUAGAGCUGCCUGUAUUUGCCAAGGAACUAUAUGAUUUACUGGACAAGAUGCGAGUGCCUUCUUCAGUUAAAGAAGAGCUAUUAAAGUAUAACUUUGAAAAGGCAAAGGCUCAUAUUGUGGCAUCUGUAUCAGGCAUAUUUGAAGGGGAAGAAGAAUAUAAAAAGUAUGGACACACACGUUUAGCAGAAAUAAUACAAAACAUUACUGGACCAUUGGAAGCAGAUAAUCAUCCAAAAGUGGAGAUGCAGACAUCUUCUCUUGGUUCCCUUACUGUCAGCUAUCUACAGGAGAUUUAUCAAUCCUUUUGCGGCGUUUUGCCCUAUGCUGACGGAAAAGCAGUACGUUCUAGUUUCAAAAAGAAUGAAAUUCCUCCUGUAGAUAUUGUGUUUCCUUCUCGUUGUACUGUACAAGAUAGUAGAUAUGGACCUCCUGGCGCUGAUUCGAUAUGCUUCAAUACAGCCACUUGGCGGAAGCUUACAUUUCCUCGUCAAGCUAUGUGUGACGCUAUCAGCCAUAGACAAGGUACCCUCAUGCACUCAAAAUACAUCAUAAGCACAUUACCAAAAGGAGUGGGUAAAGUUAAAGGAUGGGUCUAUUGUGGGAGCCAUAACGCAACAACAUCAGCAUGGGGAAAGUUCACUAUGUCAAAGACCUCAAAGUUGCCCAAGUUAAACAUUAGUAACUGGGAAUUGGGUGUGGUGCUACCUUUGUAUGAGGAUUCAGACAUACCUGCUCCAUAUCUACGACCACCACCUAGAUAUCAACCUGAUCAAGAUGCAUGGACACAAAAUAUGGGAUAA